CGGGCGGCGGAUGCGGGCCAGCAGCAUCCCGUCCUUCUACCAGCUUUAGCCGUCAUGAGCGCGCUCCAUUGUGCUACGCAAGCGUUGUUGAUCCUCCUACACUGACUUCUUUCUCUCUCAUCCGUCGUCUUUCUCCUGCUUCCUCCUCCACAUGCCAGCCAUCCAUGAGCCAGCCCCGAGCCGCCACCCCGCGCAGGCGCUCCGGCCAGCGGGUGGGCCGCCAUGUCGCUGCCCGCGGAUUGGACGAGGUACGAGACAGAUGACGGCAAGGAAUAUUUCCACAAUUCAGUCACCAACCAGACGCAGUGGGAGGCGCCGAAGAUGGCGGACCCCUUGGCCUUCAUCGCAGGCGGGGGCACUUCUGAUGUAUUCCAGUACCAGCCCUCCGCCAUGGACCUGUCGGUGGCGCCGGCGCCGACCUCCACCACGAGCGCGCCCACUGGCAGCAUGGUGGAGAUGCAGCAGCGGGGCGCCUCUCCCACCGUCUCGCUGAACGCGGGGGCGGCCCCGAUUGGUGCCAUGAGCAGCGGCAGCGGCGCUGGGGAUGGCGGAGCUGGCGGAGAUGGCGGCGCUGGCGGCGGCGGCUUCAUGAGCAGCCUCGGCGGCCUGGUCGCAGGCGCGGCCAUGUCGGCCGUGGCCGGGUCGGCGGGCGGCCAGGCGGCCGGCGGCGGCGACGCCGGCGCAGGCUGCAGCGGCUACUUGUUGGAGAGGGCGCAGCAGCUCUUCGACGUGAGCACCAACGACGUCGUUCAGCGGCUUCGCAUGGUUGUGCCCCUGAAGCCUCCGGACGGUGCCAAGGAAGACAUGAAGGACAGGCCGGACUUCUACGGCCCCUUCUGGAUUGCGACGACCGCGGUGCUCUUCCUCGCGGCCACGGGGAAUUUUGCGAGGCUCAUCCAGGCGGGCGACCACCGCGCCUUCCAGCCAGACUAUGGGCUGGUCAGCCUCGCCGCCACGAUGAUAUACGGGACACUCGGGCUGCUGCCAGCCGCCGCCCGCGGGGCGAUCUUCUUCGCCGGCGACGAGGCCGGCACGGUGGACCUGCGGCAAAUCGUGUGCGUGUGCGGGUAUUCCAUGGCGCCGAUGAUCCCGGUGUCCAUGCUCUGCCUGAUUCCGCUGGCGGGGCUCCGGUGGCUCCUCACGCUGCUGGGCACCGCGAUGUCGCUGUACUUCCUCCACGGCCACCUGCUGACCGACAUCAACGUGACGGCGCCGACCCCCAAGCUGAUCCUGACGGCGGCGCCCUGCGUCACCGUGGCGACUAUAUUCCUGGUCUACAGGUUGCACUUCUUCUAGGUUCUAGGGAGCCGCCGGGCGGCCCAGCGGCGCGGCUGGACCCCACGCCGCCCCGACCGGGCGCCGGGCCGCACGGCUGCACGCCUCCUGCCGCUCACUCCCACGACCGCCAACAGCUCAGUGCACCCUUGCAGCCGCGGUCGGGCUGGAGGAUCGCGCGGCGUGCAAGCCAGCGGAACAGCGAGAAAAGACAGCGUCAGUCCCUCCUCCCGCCUCCCUCUUCCCCCCCUUCCCUCC